AUGGCCUCUAAUCCCCCGCGCUACACUUGGGUUUCCCCUCUUGAAGGAUACGAGAAUGCCUCACCUCUGCCCGAUGAGGUCAACGAGGAUGGGAAGAGUUUCAAAAACCCUCCACGUGAGGGUUUGAGUAAGGCAUAUGAUAUGUUUCCAGCCCCACUGGAUAAUGGACGUCGAGGAGGCUUUGACAUUCAUAUUUACCACUUCCAGAGCAAUCCAGACCAAGUCAAGCAUGCCAAGGAACUGUGGGAGCGAAUUCGUAGGGAGUUCCCUGAACUGAGGAUCUACCGAUUCUGGGAGAAGCCAAUUGGCCCACACCCUGUCGCCAUGUUCGAGGUCAAUCUCUUCACGCCCGCCCAGUUCGGCGCGUUCAUCCCCUGGUUGGCUAUCUACAGAGGCCCUUUGUCUGUGCUCAUCCACCCUAAUACGGUCGAAGAGGGGGUUGAUCACAAUGCCGUUGAACUACGUAACCACACACAGAGAGCCAUAUGGAUGGGCGAGAAACUGCCUCUGGACACGACCCUUUUUUAUCGCGGCCAGUAA